CGCCCCCCCACCCCGGGGAGGGGGGUCCGCCCGCCGGCCCCAUGGCCUUGCUGCGGCUCCUCGUGGUGCUGACACCCGUCUGCUGCGUGCUGCCGACCAACGGAGAUGGCAGCCCGCCCAUCGCGAACUUACGGCUGGACCAAGGAACUAAGAGGCUGACCUGGGACCUCAGCGGAAACGUGUCCAGAAUCAAGUGCUAUGUGGAUGGAGAUUAUCUCGGGCCGGCAAUGAACAACCGUUAUUGCCUGCUGAAUGUGCUGCCCAAAUGCGAACCAUGGAACUACACAGUCCUCAUCACUGUGCCCGGCGGGAAGCUGUUUUCCGCGUGGGUCGACUACCCCACACGAGAAGGGAACCCUAGGGCGGCCGCCGAGCACCUGCGAUGCCGGGUUCACGACCUGCAUUUCCUGACGUGCAGCUGGACGGUGGGCGCCGAGGCCCCCGGAGACGUGCAAUAUGAGUUCUACCUGGAGGACCUCAGGACCUCCCAGAAGUGGCCGUGUCCGCAUUACACCAAGGAGGAGCCGGGGACGCGCGUCGGGUGUCAGUUUGCAGACCUCUCCGAGCUCCUCGCGGAGGAAGACGAAAAGCGAUACUUCCGCUUCGUGGUGCAGGGCACGAGCGGGGGCUCCCGCGUGCCCUGCUCUGAGAUAUUCCAAUCUCUUUCGGAAAUUGAGGAGUUGGUGGCGCCCAACCUCACGACGGCCUGCAACAAGUCCCUGGCUGUGCUGCGGUGGACGAUGUUCAGCCACUUCACCAGGUUCUUUGACUACGAGCUGAAAAUCCACAAGGACUCAGGCGCCCCCAUCACGGACAAGAACCUCUCCGAAGAGUUCUGGAGCCUGCCCAACCCCGGCACCUUCACGGUGACCGUCCGAGCCCAUGGCGGCCUGUGGAGUGCCCCCCAGCGCUUCGGACUGAGGGAGAGAGAGCGAGCCUGCGGGGGGGGGGGGGGGAGGGACAAAGGGGGCAGUUCCCCUGCGGCGCGACCCCGCCCGGCGGGGCCUGGCUGGCUCCUCCCACCGGCCCGCCGAGGUAUCAGAAUGACAUGUUACCUCUUUGGGGAGGGAAAAAAAAUUAAAAACUGGCGCCGCAGGGGGUCCCUGCCCAGUGGCCAAGACAGAGCGCGAUGGUCCCAGUCCCAAGUGUCCCUCAGUGGUGGGGCAUCAGUCUCCAGGGGAGGGUCGCGCAGGGUAGGAGGGAUUCGCGUGGAUCCCGGCGCGCAGGGGCCCGUUGCCCCAAUGGGGCGCGCCCCGUGUGCCGGCCACCCCUCUGUCUGUCCCCCAGUGUGCGACCCCGAGGACAAAACGCCCCUCUACGUCUGGCUGAUCGCGCUGGCCACGCUGCUGGCGGUGGGGGCCGCGAUCCUUCUGUGCAAAAAGUGCUCCCUGCUGCACAAGCUCUUCCCUCCCAUCCCUCACAUGAAGGACCCCAUCGCGGACAACCGUGUGCACGAGAAGAUGAUGGCCUGGCAGGCUGGCGCGCCCGCCCCGGAGGACUGCCCGGUGGCCGAAGUGCAGCUGGUGAAGAGCACGUGAGGCCGAACCAGGUCCCCACGCGGGCUGGCACCCUCUGGACAGCAGGCGUGUGUCACGGACGGGGAGGAAAAAAAGCCCUAAAUAAAGUGCUUUUUCAACCCCAAGUGUUUUUUUUCCAACUCACUGGCCCAGCCCCGCACCCCAAGGCUACAGGGACGCUUCUCGCCCCCACAGCUCCUGGGCACUGCCCGCUCCUG